GGAAGCGGUGGGAGCGGAAGCGGCCGGAGGGCGACGUGUGCGGGGAGCGGCGCGCGAGCGGGAUGGAGGGGCUGUACCAGCACACCAACAAGCAGGUCCAUGAGGUGCAGUCGUACAUGGGGCGCCUGGAGACUUCAGACAAGGAGUCAGUACACUUAGUGGAAAACGAGAUCCAAGCAAGAAUAGACAACAUAUUCAGCAACUUGGAACGCCUGGAAAUCCUGUCCAGCAAAGAACCUCCCAACAAGAGGCAGAAUGCCAAGCUGAGGGUGGACCAGCUGAAGUAUGAUGUGCAGCACCUGCAGACGGCCCUGAGGAACUUCCAGCACCGGCGGUACCUGCGGGAGCAGCAGGAGCGGCAGCGGGAGGAGCUGCUGGCCAGGACCUUCACCACCAAUGACUCUGCCACCACCAUCCCGAUCGACGAAACCCUGCAGUAUAACGAGUCCCUGCAGAGUGCCCACCGAGGCAUGGAUGAGCUUAUUGGCAGUGGCACCAACAUCCUGCAGGGCCUGAGGGACCAGAGAGUCACCUUAAAGGGUACCCACAAGAAGAUCCUGGAUGUUGCCAACAUGCUGGGCUUGUCCAACACGGUGAUGAGGCUCAUCGAGAAACGCGCCUUCCAGGACAAGUUCCUGAUGCUGGGGGGGAUGGCAGUGACCUGUGUCAUCAUGUUCCUUGUGGUGCAGUACCUCACAUGAGCUGCUGAGCCACUGCCAGAGACACAGUCCUUUGGAGCAAUGUGGACUGGACUUCCCUCUGGGUGCUGCUUUGGAUGAGCCCUUCCCAUGGACUUCAGAGUUUACAAAUCCCACCUGGACACGUGUCACGUGGAAAGCAUGUCGGGAACUGGAUGUGUCUGGGGACACUGUAAUUGAGAAUGGCCCUGUAAAAACACCCCCUGGCCUUUACUGCUCUCACCUCCUGUCUGCAGGUUUGAGGAUCUGGUUCAGAAGAAGCAGAAGUGAAUAUUGUGCCCAGCAAGGCAAGGCAGGAAUGUCCCUUUGGAGGCACAGGGACAGGAGGAUGCAGAGUGGAAGCUGCAGUGACUCUCUCCUGUGCUGGCCAGAGCUGACCCUGGAACUGCACCUGGCAGUGCAUGAAGGGCACAGAGACUUCCCAGGGUUUGUGGCCCUGGGCCUGUGGACUGAGUGUGCAGAAAGACUUGGGGAGUGAAGGGUUUCCAUCUGCAGAUCCACCAUUUGCUGGAAGAGGUGGAGGGUUUGUGGGGAGAGGUCUUAGGGCACAGUUAAACCUCAGUUAACUCUACACACAGCAUCAAACAGCACAGAUCUCCUGGCUGAGGCUGCAGUGCUGCUCAGCUCACCUGAGGGUGUUUGGUACCUCUCUCUCUGCCCCUCUGCUCCCCGGGGAAGGUCAGUGCUGUGCUCCUGCCUCCUCCAGGCAGGUGCACAUCCCUGGGCCUCCCACCAAAUCCAGCCUCCAAAACUGGGGGACAUUCCUGAUGCUGGUGCACGUCCCCGUGGGUGGGCUGUGCUCCUGAGGUGCUGCUUGGGUUCUGGGCUCUGGAGUUGGUACUUUGGGGUUGAUGGAGCAGGUGAGUCCCCCUGUGCUCCACGGAGGUGUGGGAUUGUUCGUGGAGCUGGGACAGGCUCCCUGUCUUUACAUCAUGGGGACUGGGAUGAGCUCAACAGGCCUGUCACAGGCAGCUGUGGUUCCUCAAGCUCUGUGCCUUGGGAUGGUCACAUCCCCCAUCCUUGGGCAGGGUGUGCUCCAGGUUACCUUUGCACCCGUGGAGUUACUGGCACAGACACUUGGCUGGGACACGUGUGCUCAGGGGAGUUCCCUGGCACAGGUCAACCCCGAGCUGGGUGGGAGAUGCCUCUUGCCAAUCCAGCCCUGCUUUCUCUGCAGCCUGGGGGUUCUGUCAGAGGGGCCAUCCUGGCAUUUUGGGCAGCAUCCAUUUCAAUUACCCCUCAGGUCCAUUCCCAUCCCAACGUGCCUGGAGCAUUCCCUGAUGUCUGGCAGCAGCACAGAGGUGUCAUAGCCAGAUGAUGUGGCCUUGUGCUGGCAAUUCCUUCCUUGUUUUCUGUCUGGAAUGGUUGUGGGUCUCUGGAUUAGUGACAGAUCACAAGUUCUGCAUUCUCUCUUUGCUUUUAUCAUGUAGCCUGUUGCAAACUGGGAGAAACGGUUUAAAUAACUCCAAAAAUGAAUUUCAGUGAGCCCGGGGCUGUGCUGGGCUGCUGUGCCCAGAAGAGCUCCCAGAGCAGAUCAGCUGCCCCAGCCCAUGGGCUUCUCCAUGGGCUUGAUGCCUCUGAGGUGUGUCCUGCUCUGUGUUCCCUCUUUGUCCAGGCUUUCCAAGGAAACACUUUGGCAGAGCAGGCAUGGAAUUGGUUUUCAUUUGAGCCCAAGGGAGGAGGGGAUUAAAAGGAAAAGAGGAAUUGUGGCAGUGACAGAGCAUCUGUCUUGCUCUGCAAUCUAAACCUUAAAUCCAAAUUGGGCUUAGAUUUAUUCUGAGUAUGAAAUCUGAUGGAUUCCUCCUGUGGUGCCCUUGGGAGGUCACUUGGCAGGGCAGCUGGGCACUUGUGAGGGGUCCCUGAAAUCUCUUUCUGUCUCCCAUGAACUGCUCCAAUUCCAUUUGAUUUCACAGAUUGGGGUUCAGAGAUUGGGGUUGUCAUUGUUUAAAGUUUCUGUGGUUGUGACCUGCUGUAGGAGGGUUUGUCUCACACAAAGGUGGUUCUCUGGCCAAUCUCUUUCCUUUUGGGCUGUGGUGGGAGCCAUAAAAUAUUUGGAACUGGAUUUUUUUUCUGUUUCUGAGCCCAGUUUGGCAUUUCAGUAGAUGUUUCCUUGUUGAUUUGUUUUGCCUCCUGGAGUCUCCUUGUCCCUGCACAGGCUGAUUUCCCCAUGGAGACCCAAGUGUCCUUGCUGUCCCCUGCACCCAGAGGUGGAUGAGGGGCUUGGAGGAACCCCCUGGGAACCUGGAUUUGAGGACACAUGACUUCAAACACAGUUACACUGCACGGGAAGUCCAGGGUGGACUUGGAAACCCAAGUGCUCUCAGGGGUGUUGUGUAAAACCCCAGACAGCCUCCACUGCAGUGGGAUGGGGUGGAAUCGGGGUCCGUGGGAUGGGGAAUGAGCCAGACCUGGAGCUCUGCUGGCUUUGCUUGUGUUGCUGCUGCAGCUCUGGGAUGAGCUGCUCUCCCACGAGGGGACACUCUGGGAAUUCACUUGCCUCUGGAAAAAAACCCUUUUUACCAGUAUUUUAUACACAAAGGAGUGGGGAUGGGACAUGAUGUGAUUCAUGUGAUAUUCUGUGAAUAAAGAUUUUUUUUCAGCCACGAU